AUGUCACGUCACUUAGAAACAAGUUCAACAAGUUCAACAAUUUCCAGUAAUGAUAAUAGGAAUAAAUUACUCGGUGUAAUUUAUGGGAUAGGGAUGAAUGUAAACGACAUAAUAGGAGCGGGGAUAUUUACAACCCCGGGAAUUGUCUGGAAGCAGGUAAAAUCACCAUACGUUGUGAUAAUACUAUGGAUAAUUGGGGGAAUCGUAAGUUUUUGCGGUUCUCUUGUUUACACUGAGUUUGGAAUAACUCAUCAAGAUAGUGGUGGAGAAACAAUUUACCUAGCUUCGAGCUUUCCGCAACCAAAAAUGUUGGCAAGUUAUCUUUUCAGUUUUAUGUUUAUUUUUAUAAUUCGACCUGGUAUUAUAUGUGCAGUUUUGCAAUCUGCUGCGCAAUAUGCUUGGUAUACAUUUGAAGGAAAAUCCCCAUCGAUAGAUUCAUCAUCAAAUGGUUGGAGUAACGAAUUUAAACCUUAUUGGAUAUUAAAAUUGAUAUCAGUUAUGCUAUUAUUGUUAAUAACGGGAUAUCAUAUGUUAAGUAAUAGAUGGGCAAAUCGAAUAAAUCAAGCGCUUGCUGUGAUUAAAAUGAUAACGAUUAUUAUCAUUGCGCUUAGUGGAAUGUCAAAAUAUCAUGAUACUGGCAAUUGGAAACUAACUUUAGAGAGUCCAGAUUCAAAAUUUUCAGUUUUAACUCCUUAUUCUGUGGCGAUAAUUGAAGUUUUUUUCAGCUAUAAUGGCUGGAAUAACUUGAAUUACUCAUUAGAUGAAUUUCGGAACCCCGAAAAGAAGCUGCGGAUGAGUAACAGCUACAGCGUCGGAAUAGUAGCUAUAUUAUAUUUGAUGGUAAAUAUCGCAUUUAUAUCUGCCGUACCUCCUCAACUCGUAAUCGGUACCAGUACGGAACAUUUUAAUGAAACGAUAGCAGCAGAUUUUUUUUUUAUGAUAUUUAAUAGUGUGGUUGUAUCCAGAAUAUUGUCAUUUUUUGUUGUUCUAUCUGCUAUUGGUACAGCAGCAACAAGUAUUUGGAGUGGAUCGAGAGUUAUUGUAUCAGCAGCAAAAUCAAAUUUUUUCCCAAUCUUUUCGGAUGAGUUAGAAUCUCGGCAUAACACUUUUGAAACACCGGUUAAUGCUUUAUUCACGCAAUUUAUCUGGUGUGCAUUUCUAAUGUUAAUUGUAAGUAGCUCAGUAGUGGUAGACGUCUUCAUCCUGUUUACUUCCAUAUCGAUGUUUAGUUCUUGGAUAUUUUACAUUAUUACGGGUAUUGGAUUAUUGGUUUUUCGAAAAAGUCAAGGCUAUAAUUCUAAAUUGUUGCUUACGAUAGUCAAUUAUUUAUUUAUAUUUUCGGGAUUUGGAAUAGUCGGUUUAGCAUUUUUCUUCAUUCCGAGACCAAAAGUUUCAUAUUUUAAUAAUAUAUCUUUCAUAUUUAUCACUUUCAUAGCUUUAAUUGUUGGAAUGUUACUUUGGUUUGUUUUAUUUUAUCGACCGCACUUAAAAGAGAAAAGUAGAAGACGAUGGACUAGCGAAAUUAGUACACAAGUUAAAAUUCAAAUUGCUGCUACUUUGGCAGAAUCUAAAUAA